UGUUGUAUAGCGACUGCACAAACAUGCCUUCCACCCUUUAAUGUUAUUUCCAACUGCGCUGAUCUUAUGGCCAAUACAAUUUUAAGAGCAUCAAUAUGGAUUGUAGGAAUUAUUGCCCUAGUUGGCAACUUGUUUGUACUAAUAUGGAGAUUAAAGCAUCAAAAUAAAAAUUCCAUGGCUGAACAAUCUUAUUUUCGAAAACUGGUAACAUUUUUUAUGGGUAAUGCUGAAUCUGUAAACGUUCUAUUUGUAGAUGCACUGGCAAUUGCAGAUUUAAUGAUGGCAAUUUACUUGAUCAUCAUUGGAUCAACCGAUAUCUAUUACCGUAAGAAAUAUAGCCAUUAUGAUGAUUAUUGGAGGAAGAGUCCACUCUGUCACUUUGCUGGAUUUUUAGCCACGUUAUCUUGCCAAAUGUCCGUAUAUAUUUUGACCGCCAUCACUGUCGACCGACUGAUAUGCAUUAUCAGUCCAUAUAGCCCUUAUCGAAUUAAUUUAUCUACCGCUAGAAAGGCAAUCUUUUGGGGUUGGCUAAUCGUUAUUGUAACCAUUGGUAUACCAUUACUACCUGGUAUUCCAUAUUUCAGAAAUUUCUAUGGACGAUCAAGUGUUUGCCUGCCUUUCCACUUUUCUAAUCAAGUCGAUGGUACAGGUUGGCAAUAUUCCAUUAGCGUUAUUACCGUUGUCAAUCUAAUUGCUUGCAUGUUUAUUUUGCUAGCUUAUUUAGCUCUUAUGAUUAAGUUAAAAACCAGAAAGGUGAUGAGUCAUAGAAGUGCUAGACAAGAUCGUGUUGUAACAGUUAAAAUGAUCCUAGUCAUCGGUACUAACUUGUGCUGUUGGUUACCUAUCAUUGCCAUUACUUUCUUAGCAUUGUUUAAAAUCCAUGUACCUCGUGAAACAAUUGCUUGGAUAGCGGUGUUUGUGCUUCCAUUAAAUUCGGCAAUGAAUCCUGUCAUUUAUACGAUUGCAACGCAGGUCUUUAAAGACGCAUUUUUUAAGCCGAGAAUGGGAAAAUCUACAAGUACGGUCGCUCCUGUUAGUACAGUAUCUGACAUCAAGAUGAAAUAUAAUCUUUCAGAUUAUACUUUACCUUCCAAUAUUUCUAAAACCUAUUAA